AUGGAUAGCCCAGCAGAGACCUCAAGCCUGCUACUCAACUCUUUCCUGAAAGCUUCAGAGCAGUGUGACAAAGAGACCCACAUAGAGAACAUCCUUUUUGCAACUUUUUAUCUCCUGAAUUUCGUCCUGGCUCUUGUUGGCAAUGCUCUAGCUCUCUGGCUCUUCAUCCGGAACCAAAAGUCAAGUACUCCAGCCAACAUCUUCCUGAUGCAUCUUACUGUUGCUGACCUGUCUUUUGUGUUAAUACUUCUCACUCGGGUAGUAUACCAUUUUUCUAACAAUCACUGGCCAUUCGGUGAGAUCCCAUGCAGACUUACUGGUUUCCUCUUUUAUCUCAACAUGUAUGCCAGCAUCUACUUUCUCAUGUACACCAGUGUUGACCGCUUCCUAGCCAUUGUGCAUCCUGUAAAGUCCAUUAAACUCCACAGGCCACUCUACGCUCACUUAGCACGUGCCUUUCUAUGGGCUAUAGUUACUGUUGCAAUGGCACCUCUGUUAAUCAGUGUGCAGACAGCAAAUAAUACAACUGUCUGCCUGCAACUUUAUAGAGAAAAAGCAUCACACCAUGCUCUUGUAUCCUUAGCAGUGGCAUUCACCUUUCCAUUUGUUAUUACAGUGACCUGCUACUUAUUAAUCAUCCACAGCCUGAAGAGUAGCAACAGAGUUGAGAAGCACCUGAAGGAAAAAGCCAUCAAAAUGAUCAACAUAGUUCUAAUGAUCUUCCUAGUCUGCUUUGUACCCUAUCAUGUCAAUCGUUACAUUUAUAUUCUCCAUUAUAACAGCACCAAGACUUCCUGUGAAACUCAGCGAAUCCUGGCUCUAAAUAACCGCGUCACUUCUUGCCUCACUAGCCUGAAUGGUGCCCUUGACCCAGUCAUGUAUUUCUUUGUAGCUGAGAAGUUUCGUGAAGCCUUAUACAGCAUGUUCUGUAGCAAAAAGACUGUAAUGUUGCCUCAGACUUAUGAAAGAAAGACAAAUGAGAGCUCACUAAAUGCUAAAUCUAAACUGUGA